AUGGCCUCCGAUUCCAAACUCCGUAAGUAUUUGACAGUUUAUGUACAUUAUAAUGGUUUAUUUGCACCAAAACCAUUAGUGUACUUGAACUCUGUUGUUGUUUCAAUCGCUGAUGUUGAUUUUGGUGGAAUGGAUCUCAAAGAUUUUAAGUUGUUCAUUGAAAAGUUGAUUGAAGGCAGUUGCGAUAAUGUAUAUUAUUGCACUAGAAAUGAACCAUUGGCAGAGGGUAUUAGGAGAAUUGGGAAUGAUGCUGGCUACUAUGAGUUUAUUGAAACGGGUUAUAGUGAUGAAGUUGGUCUAACAAUGAAUGUGUAUAUAGACCACGAAAAUGAACCUGUACUUGAUUGGGAUGAUAUGGAAGUAGUAGAAGAUGAUGAAGGGCAUUAUUCUGAGCCAGACGUGGAUGAUGAUAAAGAGUCACAACUUUCUGAUGAUAUUUCAUAUGAGCAUGAAGCAGAUGGUUACAUUCAUUCUCUUGACAAAACUGUUGGUGAUGAAUUCUUACACCGGGUGUCAGGUAUUUCUAAGGAUAAAAAUGAUGAACUUGAAACUGAUGAGGUUGAAACCAACAAUAAGGAUGACAAACCAAUGUACCCUGUCCAUAAUGAGAACCAGAAAUGGGACAAAAUGGUGCCAAUUCUAGGUAUGAGAUUCUCUAACCCUAUGGAAUUGAAAAUUUGUUUGACUAACUAUGCAGUGAAGAAUGGGUACAAUCUUUAUUAUGAGAAAAAUGAUAGUCACAGAGGCCAACUGUUAGCAACUAUGGGUAGGGAUGCAAACAACCACAUCUUCCCUAUUGCAUGGGCUGUGGUGGCAGUAGAAAAUAAGGAAACAUGGAAGUGGUUUCUUGACCUCCUACUAGAUGAUAUUGAAAUGGGAAUUGGUCAUGGAUUGACCCUCAUAUCAGACCAACACAAGGGAUUGGUAGAGGCUGUCAAAGAAAGAGUUCCAGCAGCAGAGCAUAGACAAUGUGCUAGGCACAUCUAUGCUAACUUCAAGAAAAGAUUCAAAGGUGAACAAUAUAGGAAGUUGUUUUGGGCAGCUGCUGCAAGUACUACUCAACCUAAAUUUGAGGCAAAAAUGAAUUACAUAAAGACAAUUGACCCUUUAGCUUAUGAACACCUCAUGGAAAGUGAUAUGUGCAUAUUUAGUGUGUAUUAA